AUGGGAGCAGGUGGGAGAACCUCCCUUCCACCCUCGCAAACAAAACUAGAACAAGAUCAACAUUUGAAGCGUGCCCCAAUUACCAAACCACCAUUCACUCUCAGCGAAGUUAAGAAAGCAAUUCCACCACAUUGUUUCAAUCGUUCCUUAAUUCGAUCAUUUUCCUAUGUCAUUUUCGACCUCACCAUAGUCUCGAUCCUCGCCUACCUAGCCAUAAACUACAUUCCCACCCUUUUCGGUAACCACUAUCUUUGGACUUGGCCCAUUUACUGGGUCGUCCAAGGAUGUGUCCUUACUGGAGUUUGGGUCAUUGCACAUGAAUGCGGCCACCACGCAUUCAGUGAAUACCAAUGGGUUGAUGACUUAGUUGGCCUCAUCCUUCAUUCAAGUCUCUUGGUACCAUAUUUCUCAUGGAAGUAUAGUCACCGUCGCCACCACUCGAACACUGGGUCCCUUGAACGCGAUGAGGUUUUCGUCCCUAAGAAAAAAUCUCAAAUUAGUUGGUACUAUAAAUACCUUGACAACCCACUAGGAAGAUUCCUCACACUCGCUGUAACACUCACUCUUGGCUGGCCGCUUUACCUAGCCUUCAACGUUUCAGGCCGAUACUACGACAGGUUCGCUUCACAUUAUGACCCGUACGGACCCAUUUACUCCGAUCGCGAAAGACUUCAAAUCUAUAUUUCAGACGCAGGCGUUCUUGUGGUAUCUUACGGGCUUUACCGUCUUAUUUUGGCACAAGGUUUGAAUUGGGUUAUUCGAGUUUAUGGAGUUCCACUUCUUAUAGUAAAUGGAUUUUUAGUUAUGAUCACUUACUUACAACACACUCAUCCUGCAUUGCCUCAUUAUGAUUCAAGUGAAUGGGAUUGGAUGAGAGGUGCUUUGGCAACUGUGGACCGAGAUUAUGGAAUUCUUAACAAAGUUUUUCAUAACAUAACUGAUACUCAUGUUGUUCAUCAUAUGUUUUCAACUAUGCCACAUUAUCAUGCUAUGGAAGCUACAAAAGCUGUGAAACCUAUUUUGGGUGAGUAUUAUCAUUUUGAUGGGACUCCAGUUUAUAAGGCUAUGUGGAGAGAGGCUAAGGAGUGUCUUUAUGUUGAUCCAGAUGAAGGGAGUGAGGUUAAAGGUGUUUAUUGGUAUAGAAACAAGCUUGAGUAA